GUUUUACACGUCACCAAGUUUAGUGCUGACUCCGGCUUCAUACCAAAUCCCCACACGCUCACGGUUUAAUAUUUAAUAUCUAUAUAGGUAUAUCAAACAUAUCUCAAAAUGAGUACUAUGUUUCCAGACACAAUUCUUAUUGUGUUCAUUUCGGUUUGCACGGCUCUGUUAGCCGAGGGUAUCACAUGGGUGUUGGUGUAUCGAACGGACAAGUACAAGCGGUUAAAGGCGGAAGUUGAAAAGCAGAGCAAGAAAUUGGAAAAGAAGAAGGAAACUAUCACAGAAUCUGCUGGACGCCAACAGAAGAAAAAAAUUGAAAGACAAGAGGAGAAGUUGAAGAAUAACAACAGAGAUCUGUCCAUGGUGCGGAUGAAGUCCAUGUUUGCUAUUGGGUUUUGUUUCACAGCUUUGAUGGGAAUGUUCAACUCUAUCUUUGAUGGGCGAGUUGUGGCCAAACUUCCCUUUGUCCCACUGUCCUACAUUCAAGGCCUUUCUCACCGUAAUCUGCUGGGAGAAGACUACACAGACUGCUCUUUCAUCUUUCUGUACAUCCUGUGCACCAUGUCCAUUCGACAGAACAUCCAGAAGAUGCUGGGCCUUGCUCCAUCUCGUGCUGCCACAAAGCAAGCUGGAGGAUUCCUGGGGCCUCCUCCUCAGGCCGCCAAGUUCUCUUGAGGUUCACCUGUGACUUCCCAGGGGGAGCGCGGCCUCGUGUUCAGUUGACCCACCCGACCCAGAGGUUGGGACGGAGCUCUGCCGAUCUGAUUUAUCUUCAGAAACUGCAGACUCCGUCCCCUGAGAAGUGUGGGGGUUACGAGUUGAAUAGUUGUGUUCAGAAUGGGCAGCUUUUUUUUCACCUACCCCCCCAUCCCAUUUUUCCUUACCUGAUUUUAUUUAACCUUCACACAUUUAUGUGCAUAAUUUAUACAAAAACCUAUGAUUUUAAUUCUAAGUACCUCUCUAAAGUAGUUGCCUUUUGAUUUCCUUUGGUAUCUGCAAUGCCUGUGUAAUAGAAAGUGUCCUUAGAACAUGAGUAGCACUCAUUAGAUGCACAAGGUCUUUGGUACAACUGAGAGAACACAACUGUGAGAGAUGUUUUCUAUGUGAUUGUUUGCAGAAGUAGAAUAAAGGCCAUUUGACAUCCUUUUGAA